AUGAGCUUUGGCCGGUUGAAGGAAAUACCGGAAGCUAUCCGUCCCCAUGGUACCCGUACCGAGUACGCAGGCAUAUAUCAGCCCACUUUCUCCAAGAACCCCAUCCCUCUUCCCGCCGACCGGGGUGAGGCUUUGAGAGGCUCCGUCAAGACGAAGUUUCUCUUCCUGAGGAGACAGACACUCAACGUUCAUGUCAGCUACGCCCAUGGCACCAUCCAAUCCCGAAUUUGGUUGCCUGACAACUGCAUCCUAGACUUCAACACGCAGCCUCGAGAUGAUCUCGACGCCCACAAUGCCAAAAUUCGCGUCUCCAACAACUACAUUAGCAGUACAUGCGAAACUAUGAGCCCUUGCCUGCUCGCCACUUAA